CUUCUUUUUUUUUUGAUUAUGAGAUAUGGGUUGUAAAAUUCAAGUGUUCAAUGCAAUUCUUGGUUGUGGGAUGAUCAAAGAUUGAAGCUUUUUUGUUUGUGUGUUUGGUGGGCAUGCUUAUUAAUGGAGUUUCAAGUUAUUCUUAAGUUGAUCACAUUCUUGGUAUUGUUUAUUUGUGCUGAUUCUUUGGGUCUUAGAUCUGCAGAUCAUGGUGCUUCGCGGGCGAUGACCCCAACCAAUGAUCAAUCUUUAGCUCCCGAUCACUAUGACAAGCAUUUGCCCUCCAAGCAUCGUGCGAAAAAAUGGAUGAAACGAGGAUUUAGUCCUUUUUCUAGCAUCUCAUUUAACAGAUAUCAUCAUGAAAGAACAAAAUUUAACCAUAUUGCACCUAGACCAUCUUAUCAAGAUCAACCACCAACUUACAGCCCACAAGGUGCUGCACCAUCACCCGCAGAUCCAACAAGUCGAUUUGGUCCUACAGUUUCUCCAUCAAGCUACUCAUUCUCAAAGAGCGCGCCUGCUCCACAGCCUCCACCCACUCCAAUUUUUGCGCUACCUCCACCACCUCCAAAUGAAGAUUGUACAACAAUAACCUGCACACAACCAUUGACAUACACACCAGCCGGGUCACCUUGUGCAUGUGUAUGGCCAAUUGAAGUUAAAUUACGCCUCGCUAUUUCCCCGUAUACAUUCUUUCCAUUGGUGUCUGAACUUGCUAACGAAAUCUCAACCAGUGUUUCACUUAAUGUAAGUCAAGCUCGGAUAAUGGGAGCCAAUGCUGCCGGCGAGCAGCUUGACAAAACUAUUGUUCUUGUCAACUUAGUACCCCUAAAACAAAACUUUGAUCCCUCCACUGCGUUUUCGAUAUAUCAAAAGUUCUGGAAGAAACAAGUAUUCAUAAACACCACCCAAUUUGGAACUUAUGAGGUCGUGAACGUUCAAUAUCCAGGUCUUCCACCUUCUCCACCUUCAAUUCCUUCAAAUGCUGAUGUAACAGUGGAUCAAACUAAUUCUGUCAACAAUAAUAAAGGGUUGCCAUUUAAACCUAUUGGAGUUGACGUACCUAAAAAUGGAAAGGAGGAUAAAAGUAAACUAAACGGAAGCAUUAUCGCUGUGGUCAUUUUGUCUUCUGUCACGGCUUUUGUUGUUCUUGUUGGAGCUUUGUGGCUUUUGUUUCUGAAAUGUGGAUGUUUUUCUUCUGGUUCCCGAGCGGAAAGGAACCGUCAUGCAGUUGUGUCAUCAAAACCAUCCGGUACUGGAGAAUCAUUGAUAGUUGGAAGCAGGAAAAGCUCAGACUCGAUGUCAUUUGGUUCAAGUUUAGCUGCAUACACCGGAACAGCAAAAAUUUAUAGUUUGAGAGAGAUUGAGAGAGCCACAGACAACUUUGACUCCCGUAGAAUACUUGGAGAAGGUGGUUUUGGUGUUGUUUAUAGUGGUGUUCUUGAAGACGAACGGAAUGUUGCUGUGAAAGUUCUGAAGCGAGAUGACAGGCAAGGCAGUCGUGAGUUUUUGGCUGAAGUCGAGAUGCUAAGUCGUCUUCACCAUAGAAAUUUGGUUAAAUUGUUUGGAAUUUGCACAGAUGCUCAUUUUCGAUGUCUCGUUUAUGAGCUUGUUCCCAAUGGAAGUGUUGAGUCUCAUUUACAUGGUAUUGACAAGAUCGUUCCUCUGAACUGGUGUGCGAGAAUGAAGAUCGCUCUAGGAGCAGCUCGCGGUUUAGCUUAUUUACAUGAAGAUUCGAGUCCACGUGUCAUACAUCGUGACUUCAAAGCAAGCAAUAUUUUACUUGAAAAAGAUUUCACCCCUAAAGUUUCAGAUUUUGGUUUGGCUAGAACAGCGUUGGAUGGCCAUAAGCACAUAUCAACACAUGUCAUGGGAACUUUCGGUUACCUGGCACCGGAAUACGCCAUGACUGGCCACCUAUUGGUGAAAAGUGAUGUUUACAGCUAUGGUGUAGUUCUACUUGAGCUUUUAACAGGCCGAAAACCAGUGGACCUAUUGCAACCACCAGGCCAAGAAAAUCUUGUAGCUUGGGCUAGACCACUGCUCACAAACAAGGAAGCUCUAGAAUCAAUUAUUGACCCGGUCAUCAUGAACUCAAACACCCCAUUUGAUAGUAUACUCAAAGUUGCGGCCAUUGCAUCAAUGUGUGUGCAACCAGAAGUAUCACACCGCCCAUUCAUGGGUGAAGUGGUUCAAGCCUUGAAACUUGUGUGCAACGAGUUUGACGAAAUGAGAGAAACAACUUCAAGAAGCUGUAGCCGUGAUGAUCUGGACUUUGAACUGAUGGGUCACUCUGAUACUCUUCAUCAAAUGAGUGGCUAUGAUUCAAAGAUUGGAUUAUCGGCCACAGAUUUGAGAAGCACAAUAGAAAGUGUAGAGGGUUUGGAAUCUGCAUCAUUCCGAAGGCAGUUCAAUUCUGCUCCUCUGAAAAUGGGCAAGAGAAAACGAUUCUGGCAACGGCUGAGAGGCUUGUCCAGAGGAAGCAUGAGUGACCAUGAACAUGAACAUGGGUUUUCUUCAAAUUUAUAAAGAUAGAUGUUAUGAGUCUGUAUAGAUUGAAUUUCUUUACGUAAGGAUAUCACAUAUUCUCUUUUGUUCUAUUCAAUGCCUUUAUAAAACUGGUGACAUCAUGUUA